GCUUGAGGUACAAGGAAUUAUCAAGGAAAAUAUGCAUGUUGAUGGGUCCAUGAUGCAGCGUUGUGUGGGAAUGCGCCGCUCAUUGCAGGCUGAAAAGAGGGCGCGGAGGGGCGGAGAGUCGUCCUCAACAGACCCAUUUGUUGAGACGAGGCAACUCUACGCCACAGAUAUCGCUGGCGCGUUUUUUCUCACAAUGUGGAACGAGGUAUCGCUUGUGGGCCUUGACUCCGCGGGGCCUCUGGGGGCAGUGAAAUGCUUUCUGCGUAUUGUCGAAGCCGCCCUCCCCGGACUUGGGGCUGACGCAUUGCUGGAGGCGGUGGCGGAAAUUGAGAACGGGACGCGCUUCUCCGUUGAGAGCUGGCAGGAAGCCGUCCUUGCCGCCCGCAUCCCAUAUUAUGGAGCUCCAAAUGAGGUGCAGUGGCGCACUUGCAAGGGCUCGUCCCCAAGCUAUCGCGGCUUUCCGUGUGGGAUGUGGCUUCUCUACCAUUCAAUCACGGUCAACGUCGAUGCCGGUGGUGACACCAACCCGUUGGAAGCGAUUCAAGAAUAUGUGCGCUAUUUCUUUUCGUGUGAGGAAUGCCGCCAGCACUUUUUGGAGUUUAAUUUCACUCGGGAUGAGGACCCCGUUUUACAGCUUUGGCGAGCCCAUAACAGCGUGAACGCGCGACUUGCGCCAGUUAAGGAGGGGGCCGAUCCGUUCGUGCCCAAGCGGCAGUUCCCAGACGCGGAAAUAUGCGGCAAUUGCCGGAAUUCACUGGGUGCUUUUGACGAGUCUGAGGUGGCAGUGUUUCUCCGUAAAUGGUAUGAGUGGGACCCCAGCGCAUUUUCAACGAGUACUGAUGAGAGCGGCAACUCUUCGUACUUUUUCCGGCCGGGGAGGCCCAUGCCAUUAUACAAGGAUCCAAAGCAGCGGCACAGAGAUAAAGUGCGGCGCAGCCUUUUGCCGCUGUACGUGUUUCUUGCUGUGUUCGUAACUGUUGCUGUUUUAAAUGCCGGUAUUUUCGCACUCGUCGAAGGAGCGUGA